UGCAUAUAAACAGCUGUUGGUUGAAAUUAGGUCUUUUGUGGAGAACGGCGGCGGAGCUCAGACCUGCUGGUGACUGUGAGGGAGCAUUCUUUUCAAAAUGGUAGAGGACGAACUGGCAUUAUUUGAUAAAACUAUAAAUGAAUUUUGGAAUAAAUUCAAAAGCACUGUCAGUGACACCUCCUGUCAGAUGGCAGGGCUACGAGAUACCUACAAGGACUCCAUGAAAGCAUUUGCAGAAAAACUGUCUGUGAAAUUAAAGGAAGAAGAACGCAUGGUUGAGAUGUUUCUGGAAUAUCAAAAUCAGAUCUACAAGCAGAAUAAGCUCAUUGAAGAAAAAAAGGAUAACUUGAUGAAGAUGAUUGCUGAAGUAAAAGGUAAAAAGCAAGAAUUGGAAGUACUGACUGCAAAUAUCCAAGAUCUUAAGGAAGAAUAUACCAGGAAGAAAGAAAGUGAUAAAUUACAGUUUAUUUUCACAAAUAUUGAUCCAAAGAAUCCUGAGAGCCCAUUUAUGUUUUCUUUGCGUCUUAAUGAAGCAAGAGACUAUGAAGUGUCAGAUUGUUCUCCUCAUCUUGAGUGCUUAGCAGAAUUUCAAGAGAAUGUAAGAAAGACCAACAAUUUUUCAGCUUUUCUUGCCAAUGUUCGGAAAGCUUUUAUUGCUCUGGUUUAGAAUCAACGCAUAAAUAGUGUAUAAAACUUUCAUUUUCUUCCCUAUCAUGUAUCUCUUUUAAAAAGAAUUCUCGUUAUUCUUUGUUUGCCUAUAACCCUUUUGUAUUUUUGUAACA